GUGUUUUGUUUUCAUUUCGUUUCAGCUGCUUGACACAGUUCGUGGAAUCCCUUCAGUUUCCGUUUCCUUACUGUCACUUGACUGCAUGAAGGGCUCCUCAAGGGCAUCUCCGACAUCCUGUUGGGCCUUUAUGUAGUAGUGUUGUUUUUGUUUUUUGUUUUUUUUAAUCAUCCCUGUGUGAAACAUUUCUGGGCUCUGCUUCAUUUCAUCUUCUUUCUUUAGUGAUCUGUGUUUGUGUGUAGACGUUUUUCUGAAAGAUUGAAGAAUCUAGAAGAAAACCAAGCACUGCUCUUCUUCUAGUGUAGCAGGUUGCAUUUACUCACAGCUUUUCUUCUUACUCCUGAAUGGUAAGCAAACACAGUAAAAGUACGUUAUAGUAAAAAAAAAAAAACAGUAUAUUGCUGUCAUACUGUUGCUGCCACUACACACACACACACACACACACACACAAACUGCAUGUCAUUGUUAUUUGUCUCACUGACUGCUGUACAUCAUCUACCCCCCUAAUCUGGGCCCUUCCUUUACACUCCCUCUCUUAUCAGUUUCGUUUCUUCCAUAGACUGACAGGCUGACCUAGUGGUUCAUUUAAAGAGCUGAACAGAUGAUUCCUCUUCACAACACAACACGGUUCGUCCACUGAUAGCUCUGCAAAAAGAUGGCGAUAUCACUGAGGCCAUACCAGCAGGAGGUGGUUCAGGUGGCUCUGCGUGGGGAGAACAGCAUCAUCUGGCUGCCCACAGGUGGAGGAAAGACUCGCGCUGCUGUCUACGUGGCCAAGAGGCACCUAGAGACUCACCCCAAUGGCAAAGUGGCCGUUCUCGUCAACAAGGUGCACCUGGUGGAUCAGCACUUUCAGAAAGAGUUCCGGCCGCACCUGGGUAGCUCGGUGAAGAUGGUGCCAAUCAGCGGGGACAGUAACGAGAAGGACUUUUUCGGCUGUGUGGUCAGGGACUCGAGCUUGGUCAUCUGCACAGCUCAGAUCUUGGAGAACGCCUUAAUAAACACAGAGGAGAGCAAGCAUGUGGAGCUCACAGACUUCACGCUGCUGAUCAUCGACGAGUGCCAUCACACUCAUAAAGAAGGGGUGUAUAAUAAAAUCAUGGCACGUUAUGUGAGAAAGAAGAUUGAAAGGGUGAAGGGUCUGCCUCAGAUCCUGGGCCUUACAGCCUCACCGGGUACCGGAGGAGCCAAAUCACUGGAGGGUGCCAUCGCACAUGUACUGGAGAUCUGUGCAAACCUGGACUCUGUUAUCGUGUCGACUAAAAAUUAUGAGGCCGAGCUUAAAGAAGCCGUCCCCAGACCCAUGAAGAACUAUGACAUUGUGGAUGAGCGGUACUGGGACCCGUUCGGUGAUCAUCUGAAGAUGAUGAUGAAGCUGAUUCACGAGUUCAUGAUGUUAGACAGAAAGUUCACUCUGCGGGAGAUGGGCACUCAGGAGUAUGAAGCUGAUGUGGUGGAGCUGGAAAAGAAAGGAGUACAGGAGCAGAACAGGUUGUUGGCACGGUGUGCUCUCCACCUGCGGAAAUUUAACGACGCUCUGCUCAUUAACGACACUGUGCGCAUGGUGGACGCUCUGAGGCUUCUGGAGGAGUUCUACACCACAGAGACAAGAAAUGUGCUGGACAUCACUGAUGAGUUCCUCACAGGUCUCUUUAAUGAGAACAAAGUCGAGCUGUUGCAGCUUGCUUCCGAAGCAUCAAACGAGAAUCCCAAACUGAAACGGCUGCAGCGCACCCUGGUGGACCAAUUCAAAGACGAGAACUCUCGCGGUAUCAUUUUUGCCAAAACCCGUGAGAUUACACGCUGCCUGUACGACUGGGUGCGUACAAACCCAGAGCUGCGCCGCGCUAACAUCCGCGCUGCUAAUCUGGUCGGAGCAGGAACUGGAGCCACCCACAUGACACAGAGGGAGCAAAAAGACACCAUUAAAACGUUCCGAGAAGGAGCACUCAACCUCCUCAUCUCUACCAGCGUGGCCGAGGAAGGCCUCGACAUCCCAGAAUGCAACGUGGUGAUCCGCUACGGUCUCCUGACUAAUGAGAUUGCACAGCAACAGGCCAGCGGGCGGGCCAGAGCCAAGAACAGCGUCUAUUCAGUGGUGGCAAAAGCAGGUGGGCGGGAGAUGCGCAAGGAGAAGACCAACGAAUAUCUGGAGGAGUUAACUAGUAAGGCGAUCGCUCACGUGCAGAGCAUGGAGCCCAGGAGGUUUCGCCAGAAGAUCUUCGAGCUGCAACAUGAGGCUGUGACGGCGCGCCUCCUGAUGGCCAAUCAGAGGGAGAGGAGGAGGCUCCGGUAUGACGCGGCCGAGGUGGAGUUCAACUGCCGGGGCUGCUUCACAGCCGUCGCCCGUGGAGACGACAUGAGACUUGUGAACGACACGCAACACAUCAACAUCAACCCUGAUUUUGAGAGGUUCUAUAAGGUUGGAGGGCAAGUUUAUCUGGAACGGACAUUUGAAGAUUGGGAGCCAGGUCGUACCAUUAGCUGCGUUGCAUGUGGACAGAACUGGGGGAUGGAGGUGAAGUUAAAGAAUUUGGUGUUGCCAUGUCUAAAUAUAAAGGGCUUUUCGAUGAAGACUCGUCAAAGUAGCCGCACAGCCAAACAGUGGAAGGACAUUGAGUUCCUGGUAGAGGAGUUUGACUUUGUUCAGUACGUGAAAAACCGCUACCCUGACCUCGAACAGGACUGAGCGUCUCUGUUCGUCCAGCCGUCAUAGGAACUAUGAGGAAGUCCUGAACACACUCCACCUCAAUUUGUCUUCAUUUUGGCCACCAGGUGUCGCUGUAGCGCAACAUUUCGUUCUCAUUUUUCACAUUCGCAGUACGUGUUUGCGUCUCAAACCACAUCCUCCUGCACCAAGUAGUUCGCAUAUUAUAACCGUCAAGAUAUUUAGUGUAGUAGCAAGCGCUUCGUGACGCAGCUAGAGUCUCUGGGGAGUGAAUAUGCUAAUGCGCUUGAAGCUUGAUUGCCUGAUUAAUUCUAAUUCAUGCUGAUAAAUGUGCAUUCAAACGCUUGACACCUUGAACAGCUCAUGGUUUUUGCGACUUUCACGAAGACUCGCACUGGCUAGUCCAGAAUGACCUUUGACCCUUGCACUUUUGAAAGAGGCUGCUAUGGACCUCUUUGUGAACUUUGUCUAUUUUCUAUUUAUAUAUGAAAUGAUUUGGAGUUGGGACGAGCAUGCCACUGACGAGCCGUGUAGACAAUCCAAACAGGGUAUCAUAUAUAGUCCGCCUGACACAGCUUCCACUCAGUCCCUGGGUGUCACACCAGGAGACGGGGGAGCUGGGGUUCACGAGGACUCUCCCAUAGCUUGGAAACAAUACACACAAUAACCCAACAACAAUAUCAAUAUAACACUCCUAGGUAAACCACAUAUUUGCGAGCUCACGUAAAGUACUACUACUUAUCAACACUUAUUUAGGCAUUAUUUAGGCAGGCAUGACGUUACAGAGGACCAUAGACCAGAGUGCAGAUUAUCGACAGACAGAUAAUCACUCAAUUAUACCACAACGGUUCGGGAUGCACCAGGGAAGAAAGAAAAACACUUACCCUGAUCUGGAGUAUCCCACUUCUGACACCAGAUUGUUAGAGAAACAGGAAUCUCAGGUUAUGUCUUUCAGCCGUCCUCCGUCAGCCUUUAAUUCUCUUAACCCUUAGUUCUGUACUAUGAGUGAAGUGUGGUUGACCGCAGAGCCUUCAGGCCUGGAGAGUCUGAACGAACACACACUGACAUAUGCUGUUCACAGAGACAUCCGAGUUUAUUUGUGCAGAACAGGAGUAUUUAUACACAUAGAUAAGCAGCAGUGCGUGGGCGGUUUCUACUUGUCCAGGGCGCUAGACGGGUUCAGACAGUUGCACCAAGCACACAGACAUACCAAAAAUGAGUCUCUCAAGGUAUAGAAAAUACGUGUCAGCUAUAAUUAAGGAUGGCAGUUGAUCAGCUUAUAAGAAGAGGUAAUUAAGUGAAUACAUUCAUCAUAGGUAUUGACAGCACAGAGACACACCUGUUUACAGUAAUUCCCCUAGGCUGUCUUAAUUGCAGUUCAUAAUAUAAGGGAGUACAUGACACAAGAAAAUCUCCUUCAAUGUGCUUUCACCAAGAAUUUGGUGUUGCCAUGUCUGAAUAUAAAGGGCUUUGCGAUGAAGACUCGUCAAAGUAGCCACACAGCCAUACAGUGGAAGGACCUUGAGUUCCUGAUAGAGGAGUUUGACUUUGUUCAGUACGUGAAAAACCGCUACCCUGACCUCGAACAGGACUGAGCGUCUCUAUAUUCGUCCAGCCGUCCUAGGACAGUGUCCCACUGUAAGUCCUGAACACACACCACCUUGCUUUGACCCUUGCAUUUUUGAAAGAGGCUGCUAUGGACCUCUUUGGGAACUUUGUCUAUUUUCUAUUUAUAUACGCAAACUUUUACGGUAACCAGUGUGUGUAUCAGAAUAAAGCAUUCCUGAUAACGAUUGUUAGUGGGGGU